AUGGCUUCGUCAUCAUCCAACGUGGUCGGUGUCCACUACCGAGUUGGCAAGAAGAUUGGAGAGGGAUCUUUUGGUGUAAUUUUUGAAGGCACCAAUUUGCUCAACAAUCAGCAAGUCGCUAUCAAGUUUGAACCUCGCAAGAGUGAUGCCCCCCAACUGCGAGAUGAGUACCGGACUUACAAGAUCCUUGUGGGCUGCCCUGGUAUUCCGAAUGUUUACUACUUCGGCCAGGAGGGUCUCCACAACAUUCUCGUGAUCGACUUGCUCGGUCCUUCCCUUGAGGAUCUUUUUGAUCACUGUGGCCGAAGGUUCUCUAUUAAGACGGUUGUCAUGGUUGCCAAGCAAAUGCUUUCGAGGGUUCAGACCAUUCACGAGAAGAAUCUCAUUUAUCGCGAUAUCAAGCCCGACAACUUCCUCAUUGGCCGCCCUGGCACCAAGGCUUCCAGCGUGAUCCAUGUGGUUGACUUCGGCAUGGCCAAGCAGUACCGUGACCCGAAGACGAAGCAACAUAUCCCAUACCGCGAGCGAAAGUCCCUUUCUGGAACUGCACGAUACAUGAGUAUCAACACCCAUCUUGGCCGUGAGCAGUCCCGCCGAGACGAUCUCGAAGCUCUUGGUCAUGUCUUCCUGUACUUUCUUCGAGGUGGUCUUCCUUGGCAGGGAUUGAAGGCAGCCACCAACAAGCAGAAAUAUGAGAAGAUUGGCGAGAAGAAGCAGACAACUGCUAUCAAGGAUCUCUGUGAGGGUUUUCCCGAGGAAUUCUCCAAGUAUCUGACGUAUGUCCGAAAUCUGGGGUUCGAAGACACUCCUGACUACGAUUACCUCCGGGAGCUCUUCACGCAGGCUCUCAAGAACACUGGCGAGGUUGAGGAUGGCGAGUAUGACUGGAUGAAGAUUUCGAAGGAUUCGGGAAAGGGAUGGGAUUCGAAGAACCACAGCGGCGCGUACCUCCACAACCCCAACGUGCGGCCUGGCCCCUCUCAGAUGGAGCUGCACAGCGGCCACCGUCCCGGGAAUACCACCUCUCACCAACAAGCACAAAACCUUACUGUCGGCCGUUUAAACGCCGCGCAACCCCCUCCUCCGUCUCCGAUCAAGCAGAUGGGCAAGCAGAGAGAUCGGCCAAGCGCCCCCGGCGCCUUGUCAGCGCAGAGGGGGAGCGGGGUUGGGGGUCUUCGGGACAUGACCACACCCACUGGCUCGACCCAGGCUCAGUUCCAGAACAGUGCCCAGAACCUGCCUCAGCAGCCGAGGACGUCCCAGCAAGGCCAGGCGACUCAGGCCGCCCAGGCUAGCGGCCAACAGGCCAAUCCUCAGCCCAGUGGCUUCCAGAAGCUGAUGAAGACCCUAUGCUGUGGUUAA